GUCAAGUAGCUGACUUGAUUGCUUUCCUCCGCCCAGAGUCUGAUUAGUACCACAUACCUCUGUGUGUGUCUCAGAGGAAGGUGUUUCACUUCGCUAUUUCGCAACGCACGACGUGUUAAGCUGGCGGAUACGUUUUUGGUUGUUGUGCGUGUGUGAACCAUUGUGUCAUUUCACCCGACCAAGGAAGCCCCUCUUUUCCUGGUCCCGCCACUUCUGCCUGUUUUCGGUGUAGGUCUGUUUGACACAUCUAGAGUUGAAUUAACUCACACAUCAGUCUCCAUCCUCGUCCCCCAAAAGAAGAAAGAAAUCCGGAAACGAAGAGGGAGUGCAUCACAACGGCGACCGUUCGUGUUCUCUUGUUUUCGUUCUCUCCUUCCGCAUCGCCUACGCUAUCGUGUUGAUCUUUCCUUUUUUUUUUUACGUAUUUCCUCUUCGUUUCUUCACUUCCGGCUAUUUCCCGUUCAUUUUUCUAGAAUUCAUAGUGUUCUCUUGGUUGUGUUGUCGCUCCUUCUGUCAUUCCUUAUCUUCUUCUUGGUUGUUGCGCGAGACCAUGUGCUGCGACGACCCUCCACAGAAGCGCUACUGGAGGCUGUACCACCUCCUCGACCUCAUUACGCCCAUCACCGCGCGGCAGGUGAAGUGGAACUUCCGCAAGGUCACGCUGCGCCACCACUACUACCAAGCUUAUCUCGUUCUUUACAACCGUAGCCGCAAGUACCUCUUCGACACCAUCGGCGAAGAUGCCUACGGAUUUAUCUCGAGUGGGGCGUGGGGCCCGUUUGUGCCUGCACUCGGCGCCGUCGGCACCAUUUUGCUGUAUUGCAUCGUGCUGAUGGUUGAGGUGGCGUUGCUGCUCGUCUUCUUUGCCUUCCUCGCAGCCCAGGACGAUGGACUGAUCUCCUGGACGUGGGAGAAGAUCAUUGCGCCGCUGAUGGCGUUUGCGAUCGUCAUGAUCGUCGUCGCGGUCUUGGCGGUCUUGAUGAACUGGGGUUCGCCGCGGACCUACCGCGAAGGCAUGUCCGUGAUGGACCGCCUGUCCCCGGUCGGCAACCUGCUGGCGGCCGCCUGCUAUUUCUGCAUCCCCUUUGCGAUUGGCGUCAAGAUCAACACAGACCCUGACGAUGGGGUAGGGAAGUUUCUCACCUACAUGUGCCUCCCCAUCAUGGGUGACAUCUUCUACUACGCCACCUCGCUCAUCUGGCGUUGGCCGCGGCGGCUGCGGCUGCAGAUGGAGGUCGGCAACAACCGCCCCGACUCGGUGGUCUACCGCGGCAUCUUCGCUAUGGGCUUUCUUCACAUGCUGUGCGGCGUGGCCCAAUGGGUGCUGAUUGGGUUUAAGCUGGACAAUCGGCUCGACCGCUCGUGGUACAUCAUUUUCAUCCCGUUCUGCUUCCGCAUGGGUUUCCGCGUUGCCGAGGCGUGCCUGCGCAGUUUGAUGAAGUACACCAUCGGCGUGCGCUCCAAGAUCGGCGUCGCCUUUGACACCGUUGGCUCCUUUUUCACCAACGGCGUUCUUCUCAUGUCGCUUUACUUUGUCGCGGUGCGCAUUGAGCGCGGCCGGGAUCGGGUGAAGCUCGCCUACGCCCUCAUUCCCGUCUACGUCACCUUGGGCUACAUCUUCAUCUUCUUGCUCGUAACGAUGAUCUUGCUGCUCGUCCUCCACCGCCGCCGCAGCAGCGAGGAGCGCCGCAUCAACAGCCAGUGGACCCCGCCGCAGGACAACGAGGGCGACACGCCGAAGACGCUCGGCCAGACGACGACGUCCGACACGGCGCCGGUCCGAGUCGUAGGCAGCCAGCGCCGCGGCUGGGACGACGUGGACCAGCUGACGGAGUCCUCCGCCGCCUUCCCGGAGAACCUCGACGCCAACGUGAACGAGCAGGAUUACGACGACUUCGAGACGGACGCCGAGGAGCCGGUCUUCCCGGACGAAGCCACGCCGCGCUCGUCGCAGUUUCCCUACGGCAGCCCCCGCGAUGACGAGGGCGGGAGCACCUACGAUGACGCCGCCCCCGACCGCACCCGCAGCGGCUCGUACAGCCGCCGUCCCACGCCGGAGGAGGCGUCUCCCGCGACCGGCACGGACGACUACACGGAGGUGACGACGUACCUUGACGAGGAGACGUCGGCCUCUCGCAAAGAUGAGGAGGAAGACGACAUCGCGACGGGCGACUCUAGCAGCUACACAGAGGAGACGACCUACAUUGACGAGGAAACGGGCGACGAUGGCGAGCAGUCGCGCUCAGUAACAGGAAGCGGAUCGUAUUCGUCCUCGGUGUCGUCUAGCGGUGCUUCUUCCUAUACGUCCUCGGCCGCUAACAGACCGGCGAAGGCGCAAUAG